CUGUUACAUGGGUAUAUUGUCUUCUGCACUGAAAUAAUAAAUCAGGGACUGAUGCAAGUCUUUCAAGAGGCAUUGCCAACACUGGAGCAUAGGCUUUGUUUGAGGCAUUUAUAUGCCAACUGUAAAAAAGCAUAUGGGGGUAGAACUGUACUAAGGGACCUCAUUCUAUCUAUUGCCAAAGCUACCUAUGUGGAAGAAUGGAAAAGAAGGAUGAAUCAACUAAAGAAGAUCAACAGAGACUGUUAUGACAAGUUGUUUGCUUUGGAUCCAAAAUUGUGGACCAAGAGUCACUUCACAUUUCUGGCCAAGAGUGACAUGCUGAUGAACAACAUCUCGGAGGCAUUCAAUGGAAAAAUCCUAGAGGCAAGAGACAAGCCAAUUCUGACUAUGUUUGAAUGGAUUAGGUGCUACUUGAUGACAAGGUUUGUAGAGAAAAAGAAGAAGGCAGAGAAGUAUGAGGGCUCUGUUUUGCCAAAAUCCAAGAAACGACUAGAUAUCAUUGCGGUUAGAGCUAUGGAGUGACAAGCUAAAUGGGCAGGAGACCUGAAGUUUGAAGUGCACCAUAUGAACAGGAUGAUCAUGGAAAGGUUUGUGGUCGAUUUGAUGGCUGGAAGGUGUAGUUGUAGGUUCUGGGUUUUGUGUGGUAUGCCCUGUCCACAUGCUUGCUGUGCUAUCUUUGAGAAGGGUGACAACCCGGAAGAUUAUUGUAGUAACUAUUACAGCAAGGCAGCAUACCUUGCUACAUAUGGGCAGUCAAUAUCACCAAUCAAUGGAGAAAAUAUGUGACCAAAGAUACAAUGUGAUACCAUCAUCCCUCCAAUUUUUAGAUUUAAACCAGGAAGGCCAAGGAUGGUUAGGAUAAGGGAACCCGAUGAAAACAUAACACAAACAAAAUAUAGAAGAAUUGGAACUUCUGUUACCUGCAGUAAUUGUGGCCAAUACGGACAUAAUAGGAGACUUUGUCCAAACCCUAUAGUGACAGCUCCUGAAGGCACACAAGGAUCUGAUGCUGCAACUAGAACUGGAGGAGUUGAUGCUGCUGCUAAUGAACCUGGUGCUGCUGUUGAAGUAAAUGGAUCUGCAGCUGCUCCUACUGCUAGAUCCAGGAUGGUUAGAGGGAGAGGCAGAGGAAGAGCAGCAGUAGGGAUGGGCAGAGGAAAGGGUAAAGGGAGGGCUGCACCCAUGACUGCACCAGCAUCAAGGCCUUCAAACACCCCUACACCACCAUCACAUUUAUUUUGUGGCUAUCUAGGUGUCCUCCAUUAUAUAAUGUAAAAAAUAAUGGUAUCUAUUAUAAUUCAAUGCAUCUUUUGUUUUACCUACUUUUUUCUCAGUCUCAUACUUGUAUGCAUAUUAAAUAACAAAGGAACAACUUUCAUUUAGAGAAAUUAAACAACAUUUCAUAUGACUUUAUUGCACUCAACAUAAAUAGUACACUAUUGUCUUAUAUAGACUAUUACAUUAUCAUAACAGCCAUGCUUUCUACAUCUUUACAUAUAACACUGCAACAAUCAAAACACCUAAUAUCAAAACCAGCAUAAUUAGCAUAUUGUAUUACUUUUUCAUACUAUCUUCCACUUUAGCAAAUUGCUCUUCCACUUAUCUCAACUCAGCACAUAACCUUUCUACACAGGCAUCUAUUUCUCCAACCUCUGCAAUUAAUCUUUCUAGAUCUACACUUAAUCUGUCUAUCUUCCUUUCUUAUGCCUCCAAUUCUCUAACCCUUCCAAGUACUUGCUGUGAACUGUUUACUCCAUCUUCUCCAGAUAACUUUUUUUCUUUCCCAUCAACCCACUCAAAAAACUUGCAUCUCCUAUUAGGGCAAGAAAUGAAUCUUCUGUUUAGAUUUUUUGAUGUACUUGAACUACGAAGAAUCAGAGUGUCUCCACAAAAGCAACGAACCCUCCUUUCCUUUUGCUUCAACCAUCCACUCUUCUCAUCUUCUUCAUCAUCAAUCCACUCGAAGAACUUGCAUUUUGGCAUUCUCCCACAACCAACAUACCUUCUUCCAUGGCUUGCUACUGCCCAAGAAGACAUCGCAGCAACUGCCUCACCACAAAAACAAAGAUGUCUCUUCUUGACGAGGGUUCUGAAACUACAAACUCCUGAAGAUAACUGACUCUGAUCCAUGAGUAUUGACAUAGUAAGGGUAAGGGAUGAAAACGGAGGAGGAGAAGUUUAAGGAAGAGGCAAAGAGAAGAGAGUUACAACUCAGAAUCCUACUGAGUUUCGUUCAUUUGUAAGGGGUAAGCAAGGGUUAUAAUGGUCAAAUCACUCAUUCUUAACGUUUUUGUAACGUUUACCGUCAAUAGGGACCUAAUUGAAAAAAAUAGGUACAGAGACCCAAUUAAAAGGAAAAAAAAGUAUAGGGACCUAAUUGAAAAUUUUGCGAAACUAUAGAAACCAACAGAGUAAUUAAACCUUUCAGAAAAUAUGAGUGCAACGCGAGUUAGGGAUUUCACAUAAAGUUACAGAAUCUUUAAUUUAGGAACGGAAUAUUUUGUUAAAUCUAACUGUUUGGUCACGGUAGGGACCUAAUUGAAAAAAAAAUAGGUGCAGGGACCCAAUUAAAAGGAAAAAAAGUAUAGGGACCUAAUUGAAAA